CUAAAUUCAACUAAAUAGAAAUUGAGAAGAUAAUUUUGUUCGUCCAGAUUUUGUUUCGUAUAUCUAAAGAGAAAUCUCCGCCGUCAAUGCAAAGCGAAGGUGACACUUGGGAAGGCCCAGUGGUCCGUACAAUGUUACUUCUCUCUUCACGAGACGUCGAUAAUAAAUUAAAAUCUAUACAUAUUUCUCAAUCAAGAAAACGUGGACCCGAGACUAGUACAUAUACGCCAAUGAAAAGUCGACACAAAUAAAACCACUCUGGUUUAUGUAAACAAGAAAAACCAGUGUUAGCUUUUCCCUAAAACCGCUCUUACCCAAAUCUCUCCAUAAAUAAGGAGAGGAAUAAAGAAAGAUCCCGAGACUCUAACACAAGCCUUAUUAUAAAGGAAAGAAGGAAAAACUUUCCUAAUUGGAUCAUACCAAAGCCUGGGCUCUUCUUUAUCUCUCUUCUCAUAGUUUCUUGUUUUGUUUGGUUCUUUUAGAGGAAAAAUUAGUUUCUUAAAAAGGGAUCAAAAUGGGGAGGGGUAGGGUUCAAUUGAAGAGGAUAGAGAACAAGAUCAAUAGACAAGUGACGUUCUCCAAAAGAAGAGCUGGUCUUUUCAAGAAAGCUCAUGAGAUAUCUGUUCUCUGUGAUGCUGAAGUUGCCCUUGUUGUCUUCUCCCAUAAGGGGAAACUCUUUGAGUACUCCACUGAUUCUUGCAUGGAGAAGAUACUUGAACGCUAUGAGAGGUACUCUUACGCCGAGAGACAGCUUAUUGCACCCGAGUCUGACGUCAAUACGAACUGGUCGAUGGAGUAUAACAGGCUUAAGGCUAAGAUUGAGCUUUUGGAGAGAAACCAGAGGCACUAUCUUGGGGAAGACUUGCAAGCAAUGAGCCCUAAAGAGCUUCAGAAUCUGGAGCAGCAGCUUGACACUGCUCUUAAGCACAUCCGAUCUAGAAAAAACCAACUUAUGUACGACUCCGUCAAUGAACUCCAAAGAAAGGAGAAGGCGAUACAGGAACAAAACAGCAUGCUUUCCAAACAGAUCAAGGAGAGGGAAAAGGUUCUUAGGGCACAGCAAGAGCAAUGGGACCAGCAGAACCAUGGCCAAAAUAUGCCUCCACCUCCGCCCCCGCAGGAGCAUCAAAUCCAGCAUCCAUACAUGCUCUCUCAUCAGCCAUCUCCUUUUCUCAACAUGGGUGGCCUGUAUGAAGAAGAAGAUCCAAUGGCUAUGAGGAGAAACGACCUUGAUUUGUCUCUUGAACCCGUGUACAACUGCAACCUUGGCUGCUUUGCCUCAUGAAGCAAUUCCCUAUAUAUAAUCAUCAAUAUAAAAAUAAUUAGCCGCAUAGUAUAUUUUGGCUAGCUUUCUAUCCAAUUAAUAUAUUUUGGCAAGGUCCAUGUUCUUAUAUCAUAUAUAUAAGUUGGCAACCUCCUAUUCUCUUUGUAAGAUUUAAGUGUUUUGCUCUAAUUAUGUGGAAACAUUUGUAAUAUAUUGAGUUUUAUUUUUAUUA